AUGCCCCAAAACAUACAGAAGAGGUUGCUCAGGUACGUUCUUCAGCAACUUUCCCUGUUUUCAGAAAUUGAUCUCCCCAACCUAGAGGUUUCUCUGGGGACCAGUUCCAAUAUCAAUUUACGCAACCUAGAGCUUGACAUCGACAAGUUCAAUGUUCCCGGCAUAUAUAUGAGAAAUGGCUCGAUUGAACAGCUUUCUCUUUCCCUCACAAUGAGUGAUGGGGUCAAUAUCGAUUGUACAGGCAUAAAGUUAUCGCUAUCACCUUCUGUUACAGGAGACAAGCCGAGCAAUAGCGAGCAGUUUUCGCUUGCCAAGAGCACUGCAGAUUUGGCAAAUAGCAUGAUGUUUGACGAUAAUGUGAUAGACGAAGACGAGAAGAUCGACAUAUCCACUCCGGAAGAUCAUGAUAACAAACCAAAGGACACGAAGGAAUACAGGAUGAGCAACAUGGUCGCUCGAGCUGCGGACAUGGCGCUAGCCAAGUUGCAGGUGACUGUUCGCGAUAUUACAAUCACAAUGAUUUCAGACUCCUCAGUGAUGGAAGCUCGUAUAGAUAAGAUCUCUUUCCUUACAAAAGAUGGAACGCGAUAUAUCACGGUUGAAGGUUUACAAAUUAAUUGUGUCAAACCGAGCGUUUAUCCUGGUGAGGGUCUCGACUUGGAAUCCGAGGAAAACGAGUCUCCAACAGAAACUGACGACAGCGAUUAUGACGAUUACGAUGACCAAAUGAUGCAAACCUCCUUCAUGGCCGAUAACAGGGACGAUAUUCAAAAGUCGUUGAUGGAAAGCAUGAUGUUCAACAGUAAUAAUGCAUCUUCUGUUUACAUGAGUGCUACAUCUCACUACUUGUCCGCAGAGCAAUCAAAGAUUGAUCCUCCCAAACCUCCGCAAUCUGUCCGCAUAGUCAAUGUUGAUAGGAUGGAAAUGCACUUUGAAGGUUUGCAGAAUAUCGAGAAUAUCGAAGUCAAAAUCGGUGUGAUCAAGGUAGCCGCAGCACCAAUUCCAGAAUGCAUUUCGUCCCUUCUCCAGUCGAUUAAGAAUUUGGCUAAACUUUCAAUGGUAAAACCUGAAAAUGAACAAAAACCAGAAGAGACACAAGAGCCCGUCACUCCAACUCUUAUUAAUUCUUUCAGUAUCGAGAGUAUUAUUGUUAGUCUUACAUCUGCAUUGACCACGAAUGGAGAGUUUGCAGAGCAAAAUAGUUUGAGAUUGGUGUUGGAUGAGCUAAAUUAUGAGCAAAAGAGUCCGAAGUUUUCUCUUGGAACAAUAACGAAAAUCAAAGUGAUAAGACAAGAAGAUGAGAGUCUCUUCCAUUUUGACGAAUCACGAACCUCAUCUGUCGCUGAUCUUGGGUUUGAAGUUCUGAAUAAUGAUGUGCAAAGGACAACUGUAUUAUGCCCCAAGUCGGCAAAUUUCACAUUAGAUUCUCAAUUGGUGACAACAGCUUCUCGCUACUAUAAACUAGUCAUCCCUCUCUUGGAAAAACUUCAGUCCACAAGUCAUCCUGCGCACGCCUAUUCACUUUCUCGCCAAGCUCGUUUGUCCUCUCGUCAAGUGCCCCCAACGGUAAAUGAUUCUGAACUUAGUGUUCAAACAUCAUCCAUCCACAUUAAUUUGAAGUUCCCAGAUCACAGUAUGCUAAAGGCCACAGUUCUCCCAGUAUCUUAUCAUUCAUCGAGCGGUAAGUUCGAAACAGAAAGGGUGUUACUGGAACUGGUCAAUUCACUUCAAAAAGAUUCUUAUGCAUCGAGUGAGUAUUUACUCAUCUCCGGCAUCAGCUCCGUUACGCAGAGUGUCGAUAAAGUCAGAUUCUUUGAUGCUAAUUCGCAUCAAGAAUCCUGGUUGCCCACAAAAGUGAAGGUCAAACUUGAAAGUAUAACAUCUAAAUUUGAACUUCCUAGUUUGCAGCAGCUGGUUGAAAACAUAAACAUUCUAUCAGAUUUGGUCACUGAGACCAUCAAUUUACCGAAAACUGCUUCAAGACCGAAGAGGGUAAGAAUGGGUAAUAGUUUAUUCAUGAGCAAUGUGAAAACCAUCACUAAUUCCAUCGAGAUAGGAAGCAUCACGGGCACACUCUCUAAUAUUCGCGAGGGAUUCGGAGAUAUGAAUGGCUCCCUCAAAGAUAUUAUGGUGAAUUCUUUACAGGAUGGAUCCAUUCACAGCAGCAUAAUGAAUGUGUCUAUUGUGCGCACCCAUGGUGAGCUAGUUGAGCCAUUCAUUGUUGCCGCAAAUGCAGAAGAUAAGAGCUUACCAAUGCUAUUUGCAAAGUUCAAAAGCUCAUUUGAUGUGCAUUUCAGGAACUGUGCCUUUAACUACUAUGGAAGAUGGUUAAUAUUGUUUGAUUCUGUAUCCAAGCCUUCAACAUCUCUCACGCCUGAUCACAAUACCUCUUCCGCAGACAAGGGAUCCAAAGUCAAAUUGGAGAUACAUUUCACUUUUUCUAAUUUGACAAUCGCUUUGGUUCCUGUGAAUCUGAACUCCAAAAUAGAAGUUGCUAUUAAAAAAGGUAUUGCAGAUCUAUUUGUUGGAGCAGAUGGCAACACAAGGCUCCAAUCAUCCUUCAGUUCUAUAUCACUUUUCCUCAUAGAUGAUGUUGCUAAUAUUCGAAGCGAUCAAGAGAGCAAAGCAUAUAGACACUGGGUUGACUCAACAGCCAACCGUGCUACUUGGACGUUGAACUCAUUUUUCAAGAGCAAAGGAUACGUUUCUGUUGGAUCAUCAGCAACUUUGUUCCUCAACAUCAACUUCAGCACAGAAGAAUCUUUGGAGAAAACUGUUGAGACGAAGCCAGCUUCGAAGGCAUUAAUCCCGUUGGUGGAUAUGAAGAUUCAUCUGGAUUCGCUCAAUGUUGAUCUAUGCGCCGAUUCGUCUCAGUGUUUUCUUCAAACUUUGAAGGACCUCAAACAACCAGUUCAAUUCACUUUUGAUGAAAAGUACAAGCCUAGAACUCAGGAAGUUGACAUAUUCAAGGACAUCGAUGAAAACUGCUAUCAGGAUGAGGUUUUGCCUGGACCGGAGGAACCAUACUCCUUUGAAGCUAUCGAUGAUGGUAAACUUGAAAUUGUGGAGGAUUUUUACGAUAAGAACGCUUUAGAUGAUUCUGGAUCUGUUUCUGGUGGACGAUCAACCACUUUGAAUAAAAGUGCAACCAAGUCUGGACAGGCCUCCAACAUCUAUUUUGAGGAUGAUCAUUUUGACCGGCUUGGCAAUGACGAAAAGGCAAACAGGAUCAUCCCAAUGGCUAUCAGUGUCAGUGUGUCAAAUGUUAGGAUUAAGCUCUUUGAUGGAUACGACUGGAAAGAAACUCAGACAACUAUCAAGAAUGCAAUAAAAAGAGUUGAAGACAAGGCACGCGAGAUUCCCCAGCCUGUGGAAGAGGACAUUGGUGAUCUUCCAGAGUCAAUUUCCCCCCAAAACCCUGAUGAUCUCGAUGAGAUUGAAGCAGAAUCUGUGAGCGAGAUGUUAUAUGAGUCGAUACAUGUUGGUUUGCUUGCUGGACAAGAUCCACAAACGUUCUACGAUAACAUCAACAAGUCGAUCAAUAAUCGUGCUGAUAUUGAUAGUCUCAACGACCGCAACACCUUGUCACCUUCCCCAUCCUCAACGUCUUCCACCAACUUCAAUACUUCAAGUCGGUCAGCUACACCUGCCCAUAACAUUGACUUGGGCAAAACUUCCAAUCAUAGAUUGAGACUUAAAAGAUCGUCUUAUCAUAAGAUCUUGGUGGAACUGGACAAUGUUGAUGUUUCAAUCCUCAUGUUGGUGAAUAGUGAUCCCAAUCCAUCAGAAGAUCCUGUGUUAUUCAGCGAAAAUGAGAGCACUGACGACUCUGAGAUUUUGAGUCGUAUUGAUGUUACAGUGGGAUCAUUGAACAUCAUUGACAAUGUGCCAACUUCCAGUUGGAAGAUGUUUGCUGGUUACCUUCGAGAGGCAGGAGACAAAGAGGUGGGUGCUAGCAUGCUCCAUCUCUCGAUUGAUACGGUUCGUCCUGUUUCUUCUCUUGCCGCUUCAGAAAUUGUUCUUUCUGUCAACGUUCUACCUUUAAGGUUGUACGUUGAUCAAGAUACACUGGAUUUCCUUACAAGGUUUGGUGAAUUUAAAGAUGAUAGGUUUGUGCCUCCAGCUUUGGAUGAUGAGGACAUUUUCAUCCAGAAAUUCAAGGUCAACUCUGUGAAGGUUAAGCUGGACUACAAGCCAAAGAAGGUGGACUAUGCUGGAAUAAGAUCGGGACACACAGCGGAGUUUGUCAAUUUCUUUAUUCUCGACGAGUCUGAGAUGAUUUUGAAGAAGCUUGUGUUGUAUGGUGUUCCAGGGUUCCCUAGGUUGCACAAACUUCUGAAUGACUCAUGGAUGCCUGAUAUUAAAAGAAAUCAAUUAGGAGGUGUCCUUUCAGGGUUGGCUCCUGUGAAGUCAAUUGUCAAGAUCGGUUCUGGGUUCAGAGAGCUAUUUGCAGUUCCUAUUAGAGAGUAUCAGAAAGACGGAAGGGUUGUUCGAGGUGUUCAGCAAGGUGCAGUUUCUUUUGCAAAGAUCACAGGAGGUGAGCUUCUUAAAUUUGGUGUGAAACUUGCCGCAGGUACACAAACCAUCUUGGAAUCUACCGAAGAAGCCUUAGGUGGAGAUGGAUCUUCCACAAGGUUGCCUGAUUACAAGAAGAACAGAAAGAAUGGCAGAAGAAGAUCUUCCAAUGAGGUGGUUUAUGCAAUUGCAGGGGAUAACUCGCUUGCUGGACACAGUUCGUUGAACACGGUAGCAUAUCAUAGGGGUUCAUUUGACUCGUAUGGAGACGAAGAGGAGCUUCUUGACGAAGAUCCAGUGCUCGAUCAAGGAAGUUUGCAAGAUGACCAACAAAUUCAGAAGACUAAAUUCAUCAUCCCUUCAAGCUUCAGAAGCACGGGCGAGCUCAACAAUGUUUUGGAAAGUGAUAGUGAUCUGGAUGACGAGUAUACGUGGGAUUCGGAAAGCGAGAGCCAGAAGAUUGUGAGUCUUUACUCCAAUCAACCAGAGAACUUGAACGAAGGAUUGCAAACCGCAUACACCUCGUUUGGCAAGAAUCUGGAUACAGCCAGGAGAGCGAUUGUAUCUGCUGGUACGCGUGCAGCACGCAGUGGCAGUGCACAGGUUGCAGCAAAGGAAUUUGCCAAAGCUACGCCGAUUAUGAUGAUACGACCGAUAAUUGGAACCACUGAGGCGAUUUCUCGUGCGCUUCAAGGAGGAAUCAAUGUUUUGGAUCCAGAAGAGAAGAAACGCUCAGAGGAGAAGUACAAGAAUACAGGGGCCAAGCCGGAUGAAGAGUCAAGAAAUGUAUAG